CUGUCUCAUCCGGACGAGCCGAGAUGGUGGCGAAGCACUUCUCCAAAUUCUGUCCCAAAGGCUCUUUCCUCCGGCUGAGCCAGAAAUACCAGCCCUUGGGCAACAGAGACAUCGAAGGAGAGCUUGAAGAAGAAUCGGAGCUAAAAGCAGCGGAACGGGAGAAAGAAAUCACCGCCCUUCCUCCCAAAGAAGCUUGCAAGUGCCAAAUAGAUGACUUGGCGAAAAUAUUCCAGGUGGAUUUAGAAACAGGUCUAUCUGAAUUCUCGGUACUCCAACGUAGAGUCAAGCAUGGCUGGAAUGAAUUUGUGGUAGACAACACAGAACCGAUCUGGAAGAAAUAUCUAGACCAGUUCAAGAACCCCCUCAUCCUUCUGCUGUUGGCCUCUGCUUUGGUCAGUGUUAUCACUAAAGAAUAUGAAGAUGCCGUCAGCAUCACCAUGGCUGUGAUCAUUGUGGUAACUGUGGCUUUCAUUCAGGAACAUCGUUCUGAAAAAUCUUUGCAAGAGCUUAACAAGUUGGUCCCGCCAGAGUGCAGCUGGUAA